AUGUCAAACUUUGUUGUCAAUCCUAAGCCUUUCCUUGAAGAUUUAUUAGGAAAAUAGAUUGUUGUUAAGUUAAAAUGGGGAUGGGAACUCAAAGGAACUCUUUUGUCUACUGACCUCUAUAUGAACCUUCAUUUACUUAAUGCUGAAGAAUGGGUUAAAGGAGAAAACAAGGGUACUUUAGGAGAAAUUUUAAUCAGAUGUAAUAAUGUUCUAUAUAUUAGAGGAGUUGAGAAUCAGUGA